AUGCUUUUCAGAUCAGCUCUCUUCGCAGCCUCUUUCGCAGCGGCGGCCACCGCGAGCGCUAUUCCACGCGCGGAUGGCGUUUGCACAGAGCCAGCUGUCCGCAAGGAGUGGCGCGAGCUUACUGACGCCGAAAAGGCUGAAUAUCUCCGCGCUGCCGUCUGUGUUCGCAAGCUGCCCAAGUCGAAGUACGCUACCAUCGACGCCGUCAAAACGCGAAUGGACGACUUUGUGUACACUCACUUUGCUCUCAACGAAGAGAUCCAUUUCGUUGCCAACUUCCUCCCCUGGCACCGCUGGUAUGUGCAGUUGCACGAGAACUUGCUGCGGGAUGAAUGUGGUUUCACCGGCGUCCAGCCGUAUUGGGACUGGUCCAUCGACGCCGACGCGAACAACAUGCCUAACUCGCCUCUCUUCGACCCAGUCACUGGUUUCGGCGGCAACGGUCAGCGUACCAACAGCAACGUGCCGGGUUUCCAGCGCUGCGUGGUCGACGGCCCCUUUGCCAACACAAACCUCACGUUGGCUAUGGGAUGGCCCGACAUGAACGAACCUGGAAACCGUGAGCAUUGCUUCACGCGCGAGUUCAACAAUGGAGGUUUCACAGACGAGAACGGCGACAUGAUUAUAGGUGACAUGCAGAUGGGAGCGUAUAAUUCGGCAGUCAUGAACGCCAUUUAUGCCUUCGACAAUUUCAAUGAAAUGGUCAAUAUGCUCGAGGGUCUUCCGCAUGCACAGAUCCACAGCUGCAUUUUUGGCGAUAUGGGCCCAGCUACUUCUCCCAAUGAGCCCCUCUUCUUCUUGCACCAUGGCAACGUUGAUCGUGCUUGGGCUAAGUGGCAAGGGCGCAAUGCUACGCGUCUGGCUGAUUACACCGGCUUCCAGGAUCGCAAUAAGACUAUUCCUGCCUCGCUCACGGAUACGAUGCCUGUGCUGGAACUUGCUGACACUGAGCCCAUUGUGAAGGACUACAUGGACACUCAGGCUGGGCCAUUGUGCUACACAUACUCAUCUAUGUAA